GGGCGCUGUUGUGGGCGCGAGCGCGGGCGGUGCCGGCCGCUGCAGGUGACCCGGGCGCAGCGAGGGCCGCCGCGGCCCUGUGGAGUGCUGGGCAUCAAACCCAGGGCCUCACACGUUAGGCAAGAACUCCUCUAUGUUCCUAGAUCCUAAAAGUCUGCUAAGGUCUCAGCGAAUUAUAAACCAAAUCAUGUGCUACGGAAAGGGAUCCAUAUAUUGUCCACGUAAGUAGAGAACAGUAUUCUGUUCACUGCAAAUUAGCAUUGCCACAUUGACUUUUGUACAUUGUGGACACUUACAUAGUCUCAUAGAUUGUGGGUCUUCUACUUGGAGUGGGUUCCGAAGGAGACAUUAAGUUUCCUGAAGUUUUGUGACAGUUAACUCAGUAGAUGUUUGGCACUGUGCUUUGCUGGUUCUUCUUCUGAGGAAUGAACGAUAAAAGGCCAGCCUAAGACCUGGGUGUGUCAGUACACACCUGUAUCCCUAUGCUCUGGGGGCUGAGGCAGGAGGAUCAAGAGGUAGAAGCUAGCCUGGGCUACAAAGCAAGACAAAAAAUGAAAUUCUGUCCUGGGCAAUUAUUUCUAAGGGAGUCAACUAGUUCUUGAAAAGUGUUUCUGUCAGUAAUGGCCAAAGUAGAAUAAGGAUAAAUAAUGAUUGUGCUAAAUUGUGGUGCACAUUUUGCAUCCAGACUGUGCUGGGUGCUUAUUAUUUAAUCUCACAGUAAUCUUGAGGUUGUUGUUAUUUCCCGUAUAGCUGAAACAGUUGAAGCCCCAGGUUGCACUGCAGACAUGGUAAAGCAGGGUGAGUGCCCAUAGCACACUGGAUUCCUUUGGCUGCAGCGUACUUUGUUUUAUGGGUUGUUAAUCUUUGUGAAUCUGUUUAAUCCAAAGAUCUCAGAAAUGCUAAUACUGCUGUUACAAUCAUUCAGUGCUCACACUGUACCAGUGACAGUUCCCGUCUAAAGUGUCCUGGAAAUGCAGACGCCACCUACGACUUCACCUUUGUUUUGCAGAUGAGGAAAUUGAGACACAGAUGAUUUGAACUAGGUAAUAUCUUAUUGGUAGAACCAGGAGACACAGUUGGAGGGUUCCACUUCAGAAUCUAUACUCGUAACUACUACACUCUACAGAUCCUUCAAUAAGCUCCAAAAGAUGAGUCGUGGGUAUCCAGAAAACAAUAAUUUCCUGAAUAAUAAUAACCAAAUGGUAUUGGAUAUGAUCCUUUAUCCAUUAAUUGGAAUCCCUCAGACCAUCAACUGGGAAACUGUGGCAAGGCUUGUGCCUGGAUUAACACCCAAAGAGUGUGCAAAAAGGUUUGAUGAGCUCAAGAGCAGCGGAAGCUCACCUGUUGACAACCAGUAUAACCCCUUAAUGGCGGCUGGGGAGGGUCCUGUGGAGUCUUUAGCCACUUACAUUAAGUCUUCGCUUCUGGAAACACAAGCAGAUUUUCAAGAGACUCCAGUUGAUCAAGAUACAGUUUCUAAAGCAGGAAGACAUAGUAUAGCUUCCACAAGGAAUUGUUCUUCAGAAAGUGAGAAUUGUACUGCUCGUAAUGCUGGCGAAAAGACUGAAGAAUCUGAAGGGCCAAACAUGGUGAUCCACGUAUGUGAUGAAGCAAAAAACUUGAAAGAAGAUUUUAUUUGCCCACGAGAUCUUUUGAUAUCAGAAAUGAAGUACUUUGCUGAAUACUUAUCUAUGGAUGCCCAGCGCUGGGAAGAGGUGGACAUUUCAGUUCAUUGUGAUGUUCACAUUUUCAACUGGUUGAUAAAAUAUGUUAAAAGGAACAUUAAGGAGAAUAAAGAUUGUGAGAUUCCCACUUUAGAGCCAGGAAAUGUCAUUUCAAUUCUUAUUUCUUCAGAGUUCUUGAAGAUGGAUUCAUUAGUUGAACAGUGUAUUCAGUAUUGCCACAGAAAUAUGAAUGCCAUAGUAGCUGCUCCAUGCAACAUGAACUGUAUCAAUGCAAACCUCCUUACACGCAUAGCUGAUCUGUUCACACACAACGAAAUUGAUGACCUAAAAGACAAAAAAGAUAAGUUUAGGAGUAAACUUUUUUGUAAGAAGAUUGAAAGACUGUUUGAUCCUGAGUACUUCAAUCCAGAUUCUCGAAACAAUGCAGCAACAUUAUAUAGAUGCUGUUUGUGUAAGAAACUUUUAACCAGAGAAACAGAAAGAAGAAUUCCUUGCAUCCCUGGAAAAAUCAAUGUGGAUCGACAUGGAAAUAUUGUCUACAUCCACAUAAGAGAUAAAACCUGGGAUGUACAUGAGUAUUUGAAUAGUCUUUUUGAAGAAUUAAAAUCUUGGAGAGAUGUAUACUGGCGCUUGUGGGGAACGAUCAACUGGCUGACGUGUUCAAGGUGUUACCAGGCUUUUCUCUGUAUUGAAUUCUCACAUUGUCAGUAUCACACAGAAAUGGUAGUUUAUUCCACCACAAUAAGUUCACUGAGCACUGUGGGCACUGGAGUUUAUCCCUGCUGUAACCAGAAGGUUCUUCGAUUUGAUCCCACUCAGCUCAAAAAGGGCUGUAAAGUGAGGGACCACAUGGUUAUUCUUCAUGAUCAAGGAGAAAGUGAUGAUUUACUUUCUUGUCCAAGUGCUAGAAUACUGGACGAUCUACACAAGCACAGAGAUGUCAUUGUUGUGCCUUUUUGUAAAGAUGUGGUGAGUGACCCUGGGCUUGGCUCCUGUGAUGAAAAGGGCCUGGAAUAUGACGUUUUACUGGAACCAAAUACGCCAUGGGGCCCCAAAACUGGGGAGCUCAAUGCUUUCUUGUCAUUGAAAAACUGGACUCUGCAGUUGGGAAAAGGGAAAAGCCAAAGAAGUUUACUAAGCAACCAAAGAAGCAGCUGUCUUCACCCUGUUCUCAAAAGAAAGAAAAGGCGCUGGAGAAGUCAACUUCUAGAGAUGUGUCUCCUUUCGUAUCAGCGGCGGAUGUCUGAAAUUACAGGGCACCUAAUAAAAAUGAGAUUGGGUGACCUGGACCGAGUCAAGUCAAAGGAAUCAAAAGAAUUUGCAGGAGGUAUUUAUUCUAGGCUUGAAGCGCAAGUCAAAGCCUUGGCCACACCUGGCAGCGCCCGGCAGAACAGCUCAGACAAAAAUCCCAGGUCUAAAAGUCGUUUUGGUCAAGGGCGUCCUGCAUAAAGCACCCUAAAAUAUAAAAAGAGAGAAGGCACACUCCUGGACAUCUGCAGUUGUUCAUUUCCUGAAGACCUUCCAAACAAUGACUUCUAGGUGUUUUCUUAGUUAUUCCUGCAAACUGCAUAAAUCAUGCUGAGACACAUACAUAGUUAGGCUUCAUUCAAAUCUAACUGUAAAUAUAAAUUUUAAUAUCAACUUCUCUUUGUGUAAUUCUAGGCUGUGAAGAAAAUAAUCACAAACUUUGCAUAGUUGAUUCCUAAUAUUUGUUACCCUUUAUUUAUUUGAAAGAGAAGAGACCUAAAUUGUCAGAUGACUGAGUUUUGGUAAGACUUGACGAAAUUAAGGGACAUGAUUGAUAUAGUGUUUUUGUGCAUGUAUGCUGAUCACCAUAUGUUUGGGACUGUUGAGUCUUAGGUGUAGCAUUGAAAAAUGAAUUUUGUAGGAUGAAAUGUCCAGUGAUGCUAAGUGUAGGUUUGUGUGAAUGUUAAGGCAUGACGGAUCUUGAAGCUGCAUUAAUGAGUGUCAAGGUGAAGUUACUCCAGUAGCAUGUUGGUCUAGAAGGGUAAUUAUGUGGAGAAACUUUGGUUUCUUCCAGUUUUUCUUGUAUCUCUGUCGGUCAUCUGAGCCUGAAUUACUGGCCGUCAGUUUCUCCUCUGUGAAGCUAGUGACGGUCUGAAUUUCCUCCAGCAGCCUGGGAUGGUUGAGGGAAGAAUCACUAGAGUUCUGCGGCAGUCACUUGCACGGUUCUCCAGCCCAUCCAUUCUCUAAACCUAUUUCAACAGCCCCUUAAAAAUUACAAUUGCUAGUUGCUUUAAAGGUGUCUUAAAAUUCCCAGAUAGAUUAGAUGGCUGGAAAUUUUAUACAUUCAAGGAAAAUAAAACUAUUUUAUAGAUCAUGUUUUAAUUUUUUUCUAAUCAGAUACAUAACGUACCAAGGGAAUUUUUGUUCCAGACUGUAAGCAUGUACUAAAUUAUAUGUUCGGAAAUUAUUUAUAGAUCUCUGAAAACCAUGAGAUGCACACAAUUUCUACUUUUAGUUUUCCUUUGCCUUUUGGUUCAUGUCUUCAAAUUAUUCAGUGAACAAGCCUUGAUAAUAUGUAACAGAACAGCAGUUUUAAAAGAAAAGUUCAAAUCUGACACUCAGUUCACACAAAAA